AUGGCUCCUCCCACGACGACCAACUCUUGGCAGCACCCGAGCCCGCACCUGACGCGCGUCGACGCCUUCAGGCGGCAGGUCAACCGCCGCUACGGCCUGUCGCUCGAGACCUACCACGAGCUGCUGCGCUGGUCCGUCACGGAGCUCGAGGCCUUCUGCCGCGAGCUCUGGACCUUCUGCGGCGUCGUCUGCAGCGCCCCGCCGGAGCGCGUGGCCGGCCCCGACGACGGCGCGCUCGACAGGAUGUGGCCGCGCCCGAACUGGUUCCCCGGGGCGCGCCUCAACUUCACCGAGAACAUGCUCGCCGCGGGGCUCGCGGCGCACCCGGACGCCGUGGCCGUGUCGGCCUGCCGCGAGGGCGGCGCCGCCUGGCGGCACCUGACGUGGGCGCGGCUGCGGGACGAGACGGCGCGGUACGCGGCGGCGCUGCGGUCGCUGGGCGUCGGGCAGGGGGACCGGGUCGCCGUCGUGACGACCAACUCGGUCGAGGCGCUGCUGGUGCUGCUCGCGUGCGGCAGCGUCGGCGCCAUCAUGUCGUCGACGGCGUCGGACAUGGGCGCCAAGGGCAUCCUCGAGCGGUACCUGCAGAUCAGGCCCAAGGUGCUGUUUGUCGAGUCGCGCGUCGUGUACAACGGCAAGACGCACGACCACCGCGAGAAGCUCGGCGGGGUCGUCGCGCAGCUGCGCAAGGCGGUUGCGGAGCUGGAGGUGGUCAUUGACGUCUCUGGCAGCAGCUGGAGCGAUGGAAGGAUAAAAUCCCUUGACAACUUCCUCGAUGUCCGGACAGAGUCGCUUAGGUUUGCUCAAGUACCUUUCGAUCACCCUAUCUAUAUUCUCUACUCAUCAGGGACUACUGGACCACCAAAAUGCAUUGUCCAUGGUGGAGGUUCCGCCCUCCUGCAGCAAAAGAAGGAUUUCAUCCUGGGCUUCGACUUGGGUCCAGAUUCUACAUACUAUCAAUAUACCACCACAGGCUGGAUGAUGUGGAACUACCUUAUAUCCGCAUUGAGCCUCGGCGCCAGGAUAGUGCUAUACGAUGGCAGCCCUUUGUACCCCUCUCCUGACUACCAAGUACAGCUGCUUCAAGAGCAAGGCGUCACACAUUAUGGCACGAGCCCCAAGUUCCUAGCUGCCCUCAAACAAGCUGGAAUAAAGAAUAUGCCGCCGCUGGACAGUCUACAGAUGACACUGUCAACAGGGGCGCCUCUAUCUGCAGAGAUAUUCGAGUGGUUCCGAUCGAUCUUCCCAAGUAAGGUCGGUCUGGUCAGCGCGACUGGAGGGACAGAUCUCGUCGCAGGAAUCAUCGGAGGCAGCCCACUUCUCCCAGUCCACCACGGCGAGCUGCCAGCCCCGUCGCUGGGCAUGGCCGUCGAGAUCUGGGACGCCAAUGGCAAGAACAUCGAGGACACGGGCGAGAAGGGCGACUUGGUCAUCACGAAGCCCUUCUUCAGCAUGCCGAUCACGUUCUGGGGCGAGGGCGGCGAGGAGAAGUACCGCAAGGCCUACUUUGACACAUUCCCCGGUGUCUGGCACCACGGCGACUUUGUGCGCAAAAUCGUCAAGACCCAAGGCUACGAGGUCCUCGGCCGUAGCGACGGAGUCCUCAACCCAGGUGGUGUGCGCUUCGGAGCCGCAGAGCUCUACGGCAUCGUCGACCAGUUCUCAGAGGUGCAGGACUGCAUCGCCGUGGGCCAGCGCCGCAAGCUCGACGCCGACGAGCAGGUCCUGCUGUUCCUCAAGGUGAAGACGCCGCCCCUGUCGGAUGGCCUUCGCGACCGCAUCCGGACCACGAUCCGGAAGCAGCUCAGCUCCAGGCACGUUCCGGCCCACAUACUGGAGGUCCAAGACAUCCCCUACACGAUGAACGGCAAGAGGAUCGAGAACCUGGUCAAGGACGUCGUGUGCGGGCGGACCGCGAAAGUGGGCGGCACGGCGGCCAACCCGGAGUCGCUGGAGGAGUAUGAGAAGUUUGUCGACCUGCCUCUGGUGCAGAGCUCUGCAAAGCUGUAG